UUCCCCUAUUCUUAACACUAAAAGUUGCUCUUUUUUGUUAGCAGUUGCUUGAAAAUUUUAAUGUGUAAUUGCAAACUACCUUUAAAUGUUGCACAUCAUUAGCGACUGAAGGCUUCUCAUAUUUAGAGUUUAAAGCCUUGAUUGAUGAAGUCCCUUUGAUCAGCAAAGGUUGUCGAUUUCAUUAAAUUCAGCGUUGUUGGUGAUUACCUUCAAGUUCUCCACAAGAAAAUUCCCGUAUUGAUUUGAAGAAACAUCUUUGAUUAGAACGUCCCGAAAAUUGUCACUUCUUAUCUUGAAUUUCGUGAACAAAUUUGGAAAUUGAAGCAGAGUCUCGAGUUCCCCAAAAAAGGAUAUUUGCAUCAUUUGAAAUCCUUCCUUCUAGCAGUUAACAAGGAAACGAAUAGCUGUAAAUUACUUUUUUUAAAUAUUACAUUUCCUCUUUUCAUUUCGAAAUCCAACUUGUGGAUUGCUCUUGGUUUGUUAAUCUAACCGUUUUUUGUUGUUAAUACCCAAGGCUUCUAAAAGAAUUUACCUUCCACGUUUAACUGUAUUCAUUGAUUCUUCUUUUUAUAGCAGCAAUCUUUGUUUUUCUGCUCAUACCGUUUCGAGUUUGCUCAUUUUUCUAAUUGUAAUCUUCACAAGUUUUUCUUCCAAUCCGAUUUACAUAUUCUCCAUUUGUUCUACAAAUUCGACAUUUCUGUACCUUUUUGUUGAAAUUUUUGUUUUAUUGAAGUGCUCUUCACCAUAUGACAGAAAAGUACUGAAUACUCGCGUUAAAAUAACAAACUAGGCUGUAAAACCUCCAUUAAAGCGUCAAAGGCUCUGUUAUGUGUCACUCCGAAUAAAUGUCACAUGUGUUCUGAAGAAGAAAAUUCCUACUUUAUGUAAAUUUUCCUUUUUUUCUUGACGGAAUAAAUUACUUUAAGGGUUCGUAGUUCUUCUUACAUUACUCCAUUAGCGAAUCCAUUAGUAUUUGAUAUCCGAAGCAGCGUUCACAAUUCGGCUUAGAUUUUGUCCGUUGUCUUUAAUUUAUCUGAUUUAAUUUUUAUUUUUAGUGUUCUAAUUCAUUUUUUUAAAUUAUCAACUUGAUCUAACUUUUUCAAAAAUAGUUUCUUCCAUAAAUUGACGUCGCUUAUCGUAGCUGAAUUAUAUUAUAUUUCAAAUUUCCAUCCAUAUUCUUGUUUAGCUCUAAAAGUGUCCAAAAUGAUUUCCGCUUUGAAUUCAACUAUUCCCAAAAUUACGAUGACAGAAGCCUUCAAAGCUUCUUUAUUCGGUUCGGCGGUUUUCUUCAUCGGUCUGACUAUCGCAGUUGUAUUUCUCAUAUUUGCAAAGUUUCUAGACGACUUAAUCUUCGGCACUGAUGGUUGUGCGGUUAAGAUCAUGGGCUCGACUGAGAUUCUGAACACGGAUAACUUUUUCACGUUAUCUUCCCCACAUGAGUCGAAAAGAGCUAGGAAGAAGUCUAACCCGCAACCUCAAAGCAAGAAAACUUUUCAAAUUGGAGCUAUGAAAUUUUGAAAUAAGUCGAGUUGAAAGCGCUCUCAAAACUCGUUUUUGAAGCUAAUGGCCACAAGUUUCCCUUCGUUUGGCCAUCAGAACUUUUUUAAAUGAAUAUUUUGGAUCUUUCGAAAAGUGUCUAAAGCAAGAUCGUGACGUGAUUUUUCUUAGAAAAAGGCUGUGGCGUUGUGAAAGUUUCUUGAUUGCUUUGAAAAAACGAUGAUAAAAGUUUGUCUGAUUUGUGAAAUUUUUUCUUAAUUAAUCAUUGUGCUUUACAUCGCCGAUUUUUUUAAAAUCAUUAUUGGCUAUUUUUUGAAACUACUCAGUUGAUAUAAAGAUCCAAAUACUUUUUCGAACUUAAAAAGUUAUAGUUUUGUGCCGUCUUAGUUAUGUUUUUUUAAAUUUCUGUACUCUACUCAUGCUCAAUAUAAUAUAAAAUGAAAUGUUUUAGCUAUGAUUCAUUGUUCUUAGAAUUUCUUAAUGACCUAAUUGAUUAUUUGAAUGUUCAUUAUCAGAAGUAACGAUUAAGCUUAAUUAGAUUGACGUCCUAAUGCGGAUAUGUUUACCAAACCAUUUCGGUCUUUGAGCCCUCAAAGUCUGGUUAAUCAGUGAAAUUAGACGCAAUUAGUGUCACGACACUUGCCAAAUAUCAAGAAAGGUUUUUAUUAACAUACGAACUCAAGACUAAUUGAUCGCACUAAGCGAAGCGUCAAAUUUCAUGAACUGAUAUCGGUUUUUACUGGUUACGUAUAAUUUUUUUGCAAUUUUUGACGCAAAUAAAACUUGAUAUAUAAAAUGUUCUUAAUUUUUACAUUUUUCUAAUUGUCAGAAAAGCUUGUUGACAUAUCUUCAGUGCCAUUCUGCAUAUCGAGUUAUCGAAAUCUUGUUCUCAUUUGUUGAGAAUUUUUUAAGGUCAGUAUCAUGAAACGGGCAUUGUCAAACUCAACAACAUCUUUGGGCAACCAGCAACAGGGCCAAAUUGAAGAAAACCAGUCGGCAAAUGAACCAAAUGCACCAAAAACUGAUACGACAGAAAGCGUCGGAAUCCACUUUACAUACAAAAACACGCAGAGGCAAAGAACUGCAGCGCGAAAAGGAAGGAAUCUAGGAGGUUAUCAGACUAGAAAUCGAGCUCAGGUUGUGAACAAUGAAAAUGAAAAUGUGAACGAAAGUUUUGAAAAGCGUGAACAACAAAACGAGAGUUCAAAAGAUGCCAAAAAUCUUUCAUCACGAGGAUCGAAAAAUACGCGACCACCCAAGCAAACCCGACAAAUGAAACUCAAUUUCUCAACCAGCUCUCCGAAACAUUUUCCAUCUUUGGGUGGAAGUAGAAAUAGCAGCGCAAAUGAUUUGAAAUCAGACAUGUCGAAGUCGCCAGCCAAUGCAUGGAAUGGGAAACUUCAUUUGCCUAGCUCGGUUCAAAACUCACCGCUGACUUCAAGUCCGCUGGCUAAAAUGGCUAAACCAAGUGAGAGUCCUGUUCCUUUCAGAAGACCACUGGCGCCAGCUGAAAGCCCACUGACUGUCAAUUCGCCCGGUAACCUAGCAACAUAUACCAGAUCUGGAUCGAAAGCUCAAACUAAGUUGUUCUCGAAAUCACCAGGGUCUGUUUUCAACACGACUAACAAGUCCUCCAAGGCCUCGGACUCUUCGCCGAGUGAUAUUGACUUGAAUCGUCAUCAGUUUUCGUCGGCAUCGUGGGCAGAUAUUAUGGACGAAGUAGAUUCUGUGAAAAGUGGAAACAUGAGUUUCAUGUCGAUGGAAACGGCAUCCUCUCUUAACACUACUUUUGAUAGUGUAGAUUCGGCAGAUAUGGACGGACUUAUUCAAAGAAGAAGCAAGCAAAUCGCGUAUGGUAAGAACACUAAAGAGUAUCAGAUGUAUAUAAACACCGUUCCAAUUGAGAAACGAAAACGAAGUGAUCCAGUUACUCCGAAUAAAGAUGAGACGCACAGUAGAAGACACUGGGAUAAUAAAGUUAAGAUCUGGAAACGACAGAUUAAAGAUUGGAGUGCAAAGCAUAACGGAGACUCUUCAGGAGCCGAAAGUGCACCUGGUUCGGCUCGGAGUUCCCUCGCGAAGAUCCUUGAAAGUCUUCCAGUAGCAUCUAAAAUAGAUCCCAAUUCACCGAUGAAAAAAACUUUAGCGGAGCUUGGAAAUGUUACUCCUGGGAAGAACCGAGUCUUGGAAGCUGCAAAGGUUGUUGGAAAGAGUCCAGCUAAAAGUCCCUUCAAACGUCCGUUGUGUGUGGCGAAUAUUGAAAAUAUCGCAAUGGUUGAAGACAGUCCAAGUAAGCGACGAAAUAUGAUCGGAACUACGAGGACAAUUUGCACGAGGUCUCUUGUCGCGGCAAUGAAUGAAGAUUCUCUGAUGAAUGAUGACGAUUGUCUUACGGUGUCACGGAAUGUCAUGAGCAGCCGAGUUGACGAGUCGUCGUGUUCGACUCUCGUGGACGAAUCGAGUUGCAUGUCGACAGAUGCGGGAUGGACUGUUACGCGCAUGCCGAUGCCGAAAGUCCAAGAGGCUCCUAGUCAGCUUGAAAUGUUCAUAAAGACUUGCCAGUCGUCAAACAUAGAUAUGAAAUGAAAAAAGAAGAAAACAUUCUUUUUAGAUCUAAUCGAAUUGAAAUGAACUGGAAAUGUUCUUUUAGAAAUUAAAUUACGAAUAGAUCUUAAUUAUGUUUCAAAAGGCAAUUCCUAAUUUCUGCGAAGUGUUAAACCGUAUUAAAGGUGGAUUUUCUUUCGGUGUUGUGUUCAUUUUUUGACAUUUCUGUCGAAAUUGGCUAUAAUUUAAUCCGAAAUUUGUUGUAAAUUUUGUUUAUGUUUAUUCACAUUUUCAUUAUUAUAACAAACAUUUCUGUGCAAAAACAACAUUCAGCCCAAAAUAAGUGCAAUUUUGUUGCAAUACCUCAAAUUUUUGUUUUCCUUCUCUAGUGCCCAAAUCUUUUCACAUGACCUAGAAGUGAAAUAAUUUAAAGUCUUAUUUUUCAAUUUAGGCAUUGGUUUCAAUUUAUUGUAUUCAUUUUCAUGUUCACUUGAAUUUGUUUUCUGAUAAAAAAACUGAAACCUGAGAUAAGUUUAAUGACUCUAAUGCUGUUCAAAGUUGCUUGUAACAUCGUUUGAUCUAAUGGUGAGUUUAUUGCGAAAGUGUUUCGUUUUGUUUUCGUGAGUUCAUUUAAUGAAUUUUAAUUCAAUUGUAGUUUUGACUUUUACAAUUACUGUUUUACUACGUCUAUUCAGCUAACCUCUCUGAUUGACGAAAUGCUUAAUCGAAUAUGGUUUAGUUUGUUUCCACUUUUUCGGAAUCCCACCCCUAAAAUUAUUAAUGUGAAUCUACACACAGAUCAAGUGAACAGUCUUCGCACUAAACUAAUCAAACAAAAUAUCUACCUGAAAAUGGAACGCUGGAUAUCUGCCCCACUUUGAACAUGAAUCACACUGCUUCUGAUCAGCUAAAAAUGAAAAAUCAGAAUUAUCCCAAAAAAUUAACCAAAACCGCUUUAAUUAAGGAGGCAGGUUUGUUUGUUCACUUGAUUCUGAGAAAACCACCAAACAUUUAAGUAGUUCGUUGCUUCUGUCUUAUUUUGCAGCGUCUGUUUUCUUGCCUUGCCCUGCCUGUAGCCCCUGCGUGGCAAAAAAUGAUGUGAAUUGUCGUUUAAAAUAUAAGAUUUUGAAUUUACGUUUUAUCAAGUUUGUUUUCUAUAAGUCAGU